GAGAAAGAUUGAAAGAGAGAGUUAUUUUUGACACACCUCUAUGCUGCACUCUUUAAGAAGCUGGGAGGCCCCUCCCUGCUCAUUUACUGUACCUUCUCCAGCUGAGUGGACCAGUCCAGGACUACAGAGGAACCAUGUCUAAGGCACCAGCAGUUGGUAUCGAUCUGGGCACUACCUACUCCUGUGUAGGUGUGUUCCAGCAUGGCAAAGUGGAGAUCAUUGCCAAUGACCAGGGAAACAGGACCACACCCAGUUAUGUUGCCUUCACUGACACGGAGAGGCUGAUUGGUGACCCUGCAAAAAACCAAGUUGCAAUGAACCCCACAAACACAGUGUUUGAUGCGAAGCGGCUCAUUGGACGCCGGUUUGAUGACGCCAAUGUUCAAAGCGACAUGAAACUUUGGCCCUUCAAUGUCGUCAAUGAUAACUCGCGUCCCAAAGUUGAGGUGCAGUACAAGGGGGAGACCAAGAGCUUCUACCCAGAAGAGAUCUCCUCCAUGGUGCUGCUGAAAAUGAAGGAGAUUGCAGAUGCAUACCUUGGCAAGACUGUAACCAAUGCUGUUGUGACCGUGCCGGCUUACUUCAAUGACUCUCAGCGUCAGGCCACCAAAGAUGCCGGCACCAUCUCUGGGCUCAACAUCCUUCGCAUCAUCAACGAACCGACUGCUGCGGCUAUUGCGUAUGGCCUGGAUAAGAAGGUUGGCUGUGAAAAAAAUGUCCUGAUCUUUGACCUGGGCGGCGGCACUUUUGAUGUGUCCAUCUUGGCAAUCGAAGACGGCAUCUUUGAAGUCAAGUCGACGGCAGGCAACACCCACUUGGGGGGCGAAGACUUCGACAACCGCAUGGUGAACUUCUUCAUCACAGAGUUCAAACGCAAGCACAAGAAAGACAUCAGUGGAAACAAGAGGGCGGUGCGUCGUCUGCGCACAGCUUGUGAGAGGGCAAAGCGAACCCUGUCCUCCAGCACGCAGGCCAACAUCGAAAUCGAUUCCCUGUUCGAAGGCAUCGAUUUCUACACUUCCAUCACCAGGGCCCGCUUUGAGGAGCUCAACGGAGACUUGUUCCGCGGAACUCUGGAGCCUGUGGAAAAGGCUCUCCGCGAUGCCAAGCUGGACAAGGGUGAUAUUAAUGAACUGGUUUUGGUAGGAGGCUCCACUCGUAUUCCCAGGAUCCAAAAGCUGCUGCAAGACUUCUUCAACGGAAAGGAACUCAACAAGAGCAUCAAUCCAGAUGAAGCAGUGGCCUAUGGAGCAGCGGUGCAGGCUGCCAUCCUGUCGGGUGACAAAUCGGAGAAUGUGCAGGACUUGCUGCUGCUGGAUGUGACCCCGUUGUCUCUGGGUAUCGAGACCGCUGGAGGAGUCAUGACUUCGCUCAUCAAGAGAAAUACCACCAUUCCUACAAAGCAGACGCAGGUUUUUACCACCUACUCCGACAACCAGCCUGGUGUGCUCAUUCAGGUGUAUGAGGGUGAAAGGGCCAUGACCAAAGACAACAACAUUUUGGGUAAAUUUGAGCUGACUGGAAUCCCCCCAGCACCCCGGGGGAUCCCUCAAAUUGAGGUGACCUUCGAUAUUGAUGCUAAUGGCAUCUUGAAUGUGUCUGCAACCGACAAGAGCACCGGCAAGGAGAACAAGAUCACCAUCACCAAUGACAAGGGUCGCCUCAGCAAAGACGACAUUGAGCGCAUGGUGAAGGAAGCUGAAGAUUACAAGGCCCAGGAUGACGAGCAAAGAGAGAAGGUGUCGGCCAAGAAUGCCCUGGAGUCUUACGCCUUCUCCGUUAAGUCCACUGUGGAGGACGACAAGCUGAAGGACAAGAUCAGCGAUGAAGACAAGCAGAAGAUUCUGGAGAAGUGCCAAGAGGUCAUCAGCUGGUUGGACAAAAACCGGUCUGCAGAGAAAGACGAGGUUGAGUACCAGCAGAAGGAGCUGGAGAAAAUAUGUAACCCCAUCAUGACCAAGCUGUACCAGGGUGCAGGGGGUAUGCCCGGGGGUAUGCCAGGUUUCCCUGGUGCUGGUGCUGCCUCUGGAGGAGGCGGAGCAUCUUCCGGACCCACCAUUGAGGAAGUUGACUAAACGUUCUUUGUGUUUUCUACUGCUAAGAUAAGUGCCACUUAGGGUUAAUCGCUUUUACUUCCAGGGAUCACUACUUUUGGCUUUAUCUAUGGUCAGGCUUGCAGCUAAACUACUUAAGAUUCCUGCCUGGUAAACUCUCAAAAUAUGUCUCCUUUUUUCAAUAAUUCAUAUGCACAUUAUAUGCAUAUUAUGUCAUAUAGUAUAAAAAUAAUAUAUGACAUUCUCCGCUCUAACAUAAAAUCAAUAAAAUGUUUCACACAGUAAAAAGAAAGCAAAGAUAAGUACAAUGAUUGUUAAAAUUACAAAUUCAAUAAAUCGUACUUCUCCUCUUUUGUUUAAAAUUAUUGUUGUCCAUUCUUCAAUAUUUUGGAUUCAAUAAAAAAAAGGAUUUGAAUGUUCUCAAUAGCAAACAUUACGUAUUAAUCUGACGUUUUGUUUUUUUAAAUGGUUAGCGGAUAAAGCGUACUUUUGUAGUCACUUCCCCAUAUUUUACACAAUAAUCAAAACACGAGCGAACAGUAGAGAAUAUGGAUAAUAAUCGUGAUAGUCGUGAAACCGUGAAUAUUAGUCAUACUAUGAUCUAUAAACAUCUAUAGUCGUUGCAUCCAUACUGUCAAGGCUCUUUGGAUCUGUGGUGUCAGGUUUGUCACUGACAGUUUAGUUAUGGUUUGGUUUUUCCUCUGUUUUUAUUUACUGUCAGCGCUCUUAUUUUGGUUCAGUUUCCUGCUUGUCUCCCUGAGCGCUGUUUCCCCUCAGCUGCGGCUGAUUGGCACCUGGCCACACCUGGUGUCAAUCAGCCGACUGCUAUUUAUACCUGCCUUGCCCUCCAGUCAGUGCUGGAGUAUUGUCGUUGUAGCUGUUUCCAGUUUUCCUG